AUGGCUGCUUCUUCAUUUGCCCCAGAGCUUGCAACAGGGGAUAUUACGGUCCGCGACAACCAGAGUUCGAUCAUCGAGUCUCUCCAGGUUUUACGACCCGCGGAGUCCGUUUUCAGAAAGGUCAAAUCUAUCAUUGCAGAAGAGAUGAAUGUGGACUUCAGCAAUGUUGCCGAAAAUGUGAGGUUCGAAGAACUGGGCAUCGACUCCAUUCUUCGAAUGCCAAUAGUGUCCAAAAUUCAAGAAGAAAUGAACAUCUACCUAUCUUUGUCCGCUUUCGAUGAUUAUCCUACCUUGGCUGCUCUUCGAGGGCAUAUUCAAGAUAUGAUUGGGAUAAACACGAGCAACGGCUCGAGGAAUAUUUCAUCGUCGAUGAGCCCGAUUCUCACUUCUACACCCUCAUCCAAGAAUGACAACUUGCCAACUGACUCACGGACCCCUCCGUCAGACAUUUCUAUGGCACGAAAGCAUUUUAGCAGUCGACCGAUUCUGCUAUCUGGACGCCCUAUAGACUGUACUCAGAUACUAUUUUUGAUGUCAGACGGCGCUGGUUCACCGUCCUCUUAUGCCUUGCUUCCAGCACUGCCUCGUGGCACCGCGGUUUAUGGACUCGAGUCUCCAUUUUGUCACAACCCACUUGAUUGGAAUUGUUCGUUCAAGGAGGUAGCUACUAUGUACGUGAACGCUAUGCGAAAGAUUCAACCGGAUGGACCAUACAUGCUGGGCGGGUGGUCUUUAGGUGGAAUACACGCAUAUGAAGUCGCACAGCAGUUACUCCAGUCCGGUGAGAAGAUUCAAGGUCUUCUUCUGAUUGAUACUCCGAACCCGAAUUUUUUGGGUCAUAUUUCGAACCCCGUUGUCGAAUUGCUCGAGGAAACUGGCAUAAUGGCAGCGGCCGAGCGCAUUAACAACGGGAAAAUUCUGGAGUUGGAACGUGUCAAGGACCAUAUGCGCAAAUGCGUUGAGUCUCUUCAGGAUUAUAUCCCCGGUCCUAUAUAUUCUCGAUGUCGACCAGACCAUGUAUUUGCUAUUUGGGCAGCUCACGGUCUCGAGCAGUGUGAUGACGAUGCUGAAGUAAUCGUCGAAGCAAAGGACGAAGUGCGUCAACUGCAGCAAUGGAUGAAACAACGCAAUACCUCGUUCGGUCCGAAUGGAUGGGAUCGAUUGCUAGACGAGAUCGAUUGCCGCGUCGCGGAGGGGGACCAUCUCUCUAUUUUACGUCCACCGUGGGUGGAAAAGACUGGACAGUUGGUGGCAGAAGCCGUUGACUGGUUUAUGAGUCGAGCCACGGCGUAG